CUCCACGCCCUCACCUCCCGCCGCCCGGCGCCGGUGUUGUCCAAGAUGGAGGGUGCCCUAUCGGCGCCGCGGCUGCCCGUCCGGCUGCUGCUGUUCGUGGCGCUGCCAGCCGUGGGGUGGCUGACCACCAGCGCGCCCAGGCCGCCGUCCACAGCCCCGCAGGAUGGCAUCAGAAUUAAUGUAACUACCUUGAGAGACAAUGGACAGGUGUCUAAAGAACAGGUUGUUCUUAACAUAACCUAUGAGAAUGGACAGGUAUAUAUAAAUGACUUACCUGUAAAUAGUGGUGUAACCCGAAUAAGCUGUCAGACUUUGAUAGUGAAGAGUGAAGAUCUGGAAAAUUUGGAAGAGAAAGAAUAUUUUGGAAUUGUCACUGUAAGGAUCUUAGUUCAUGAGUGGCCUAUGACGUCUGGUUCCAGUUCACAAUUAAUUGUUAUUCAAGAAGAGGUGGUAGAGAUUGAUGGAAGACAAGCUCAACAAAAGGAUGUUACCGAAAUUGACAUUUUAGUUAAGAACCAGAGAAUACUCAGACAUUCAAACUUUUCCCUUCCUUUGGAAGAAAGCAUGCUUUAUUCUAUUUCCCAAGACAGUGACAUUUUGUUUACCCUUCCCAACUUUUCCAAAAAAGUAGGAAGCAUUAGUUCCUUGCAGACCACUAGCCAUUACCUCAUUGGGAAUGUGGAAACCACUGUGGAGGGAAAUGCUUUACCUGGCAAAUUGCCCGAGACUCCCCUCAGAGCAGAGCCUCCAUCUUCAUACAAGGUAAUGUGCCAGUGGAUGGAAAAGCUCCGGAAAAUGCUCUGUCGUUUCUGGGGCAGUGUGUUCCCAGUGUUCUUCAUGUUUCUCAACGUCAUGGUCGUCGGAGUUCUGGGAGCAACAGGAGUCAUAACCGUGUUAAAGGUGCUUUUCCCAGUUUGUGAGAACAAUCAGGAGCUAGUCAACCCACUCAACUCAGUCACCGGCCUUUGCCUCAAGCCUGUGCCCAACAUCUGCUGGAGACUGAGCUGCAAGAGCAAGAUGGAGUCAGUGUGUAUCGGCACUCGCACCCAAAAUGAAGCAAGCUGCGGCAUUGUACAGUAAAAUGGCAGAUGUCGUAUGCCGUACAGAGUAACUGAGAGCUGCGGCAUUGUACAGUAAAACGGCAGAUGUCGUAUGCCGUACAGAGUAACUGAGAGCUGCGGCACUGUACAGUAAAACGGCAGAUGUCGUAUGCCGUACAGAGUAACUGAGAGCUGCGGCAUUGUACAGUAAAACGGCAGAUGUCGUGUGCCGUACAGAGUAACUGAGAGCAGCAGACAGUCUGAGCACCACUUGCAGUCAGCUUGAUUUUAAGCCGAGCUCGGUUGCUGUUGUAAUGGGAGAAACCUGGAAAUGGUAAUGGAAGAUCUUGGGUUCACGAUGAAAGCCUACUGUGUGGUCACGAAUUUCAGACAAAAAGAACCAUCUAAAGACUGAGGUGCUUCAGUGGACAGCGACUAGAAAGCUGCCUGGGCUUUCCUCUUCCCCAGCCUGUACCAGUCUGGGGUGAUGACAGCUCUUGCCCUGAAGACUGUGCUCUCCUUCUGUAGGACCAGGCCGUGAUCUCUUCCCUUCUGGUCCCUCAGCGUGUUUGGUUACAGAGAACUUGGAGCCAGGAGUUGGUACAGCCUGUAUAAACAUGAGAGGGAAGGUGGACUGUACUCUUGAAGGGGUGCUGCUGUACACCAGCCUUCUGGAGAUGUGUGACCCUGGCAAUAACGACUUAUCUUG